AUGGACUCACUCCCUUCUUUUACCCCAUGGAAAGUCUCCAAGUUAGAGUUCAAAGGCUAUAAGACUGUCCAUCCCGUGGAGCUCAUUUGGCGUGAUGCACUGCAGGUCGUCCAGCAACUCUUUAGUGACCCAAUGUUUGCUAACCACAUGACCUUUAACCCCUACAUCGCCAACGUCAAAAAUCAGCACGAAUAUGGGGAUUACAUGAGUGCCAAUAUGGCAUGGAAAAUCCAGGACUAUCUCCCGUUGGGUGCAACUCAAGUCCCAAUUAUCUUGGGAUCGGAUAAAACUCCUGUGACGCGACUUGCCAGGGGAAUCGAGAUGCACCUGGUCUUCAUCACCAUCAGUAAUAUUGAUUCUGAGGUCCGUCCCAAGGCAACAUUACGAGCUUGGCGCUGCAUAGCCUACAUUCCCAUUGUAAAGUUCCGCAUUCAUCAAGAAUACCAGUCCAUUCUCCAGGCCAGACUAUGGCAUAAAUGCAUGGACCUCAUUUUUGCAAACCUCAAGGUCGCAGCAAACAACGGCUGUUUUAUGCCCGAUCCCUCCCACUACAUUCACCAUGUAUUCACGCCACUUGUCACUCAUAUGUGCAACCUGCCAGAGGCUACUAUGAUCGCUGCAGUCAGUAAAAACUCGUCCCCACUAACCAUGGCAAUACAAGCAGAUUUCAGUGAUGGAAUUCUCAACCCCCCUCAUACCGGGAACCACACAUUGGAACUCAUUGUGGGGAUAUCCCAAAAUUGGAUGAUCUGCAAAAAACUUAUGACAGGUGUGCAGCACCUCGCCAUCAUUGCGUCAAUUGCAGGGGCCGUUCCACACAGAUUCGUCCAUGCAAUCUGUUCACUCGUGGACUUCUUUUACCUCGCACAGAAUCCAGUUCACUCACCUCAAUCUCUUCAGUCAUUGGUGCAGGCGCUUUCAGAUCUCCACUCUUUCAAGGAUGCUAUCGUCCAGGCUGAGGCAAGGAAGGGGAAGAAGGGUAUCAAAGAAGAUUUUUUCAUCCUGAAACUUGAGCUUCUCCAAAGCUUUGAUGGUACAAUUAGGAAAUUGGGGACUUUGAUGCAGUUCUCUGCAGACGUGACAGAGCGGUUGCUCAUCACACAUUGUAAGAACCUUUUCCUGUGGACGUCCCGGCAAAUCAAGGAUUUUAUGGAGCAAUGUGUGCACAUUCUCAACCGCCAAGAGUCUAUGGAAAUUUUUGACCUGUACAUGCUAUUGACUUCUCGUGGGGCAUCACUGGUUAAUGCCAUACAUGCCGAAGAUGAAGAUGUCACUAUUGCCAAUCCUGCACUCUCCUGGUCAAUUCAUGGUCCCCGACCUGUCCGUAAUCACUUUCUCAAGGGUAUCCUCUCCGGAGAUGCACUCACCACUUUUCAACUCAAUGUCACGCCCGAUUACAAAUCGCUGUCACUGUUUGACAUACGCACGAAAUAUGCACUCCUGGACUUCAAUCGUGCGCUUGCUGACUUCAUUUGUCGUUCAUCCCUUGCCAGCGGUGAACAGUCCUGCUUGGACCCCAAAUCCGGAUGCUUCCAUGUAUGGCACAAGUUCAGAUUGCAGCUUCACUCAGCCUUCCAGCCACGCAUCAUCAUGCCGAGCCGAGUGGUGCAAGCAUACCCCCCAAGCGAUAAUUUUCCCUUGGGAAAUUGCAAUACUGUUCUCAUUGAUGCUAUGGCGAAUUACAUUGCACAAGUGCGACUCAUUUUUCAACCGACAAUCCGACGAGGUUCCAAGUUGGAACUGCCAUCUUACCUCUCUGACCCACUUCUCUACGUCCAAUUUUUCUGCUUCAUUUCUAGUCCUGAUGAUUGCCCUGAACUCGCAAUGUGGACUUUCGAGCGUGCGUACAUGCAGGAUGAAAAUGGUAACCGCCAUAGGGAGGGGGCUGUCAUACGAGUGACAGAUGCAGUGGCUAAUGGUAUGUCCUCUGCGACUUGCUUGGAAAGCUACGAGCAUUUCUUUUUGAAUAACUUCGCGGACAAGGAGAGUUAUCACACAUUCAGUACCGAGUUUGUGUAG